GUGAUGUGUGAUCUCGAUUGAAUGUAGCUAGCAGGAUGAUGAUCACAGGACUCCUCUCCCGGCGGGGUUCCCAGCUGGCUUACAUAUGAAGUGGAAUAAAUAAUACAUAAAUAGUUGGCAGUCCAACUGGCUUAUAUGGCUACUACGUCAUCACACCCGCGCUCAUCCGUUCUUGCCCUUCGCUGAUUUAUAUUUUAUUUCACUGCCCGCUCACUUUAAUCCUACCUCCCCCCUCAACUUCUUCUCAUGACCAUCCAUCCUCAACAAACACUCACACCCGACUAGCUACCACAGACGAACACCCACCCUCAAGCCCACAUCCUAUCUACUCUGGCUGAAGCUGAAGUACAUACUACGACUCCAACUGCAAACAUCCGCCAGUCAGCCGCAAACCUAUUGACCAGAUUACCAUCCACAGGCUCAGCAGCUAGCUCAAUGCCAUCCCACCCACACGAACGCUCCCCGCUCGUCCCCAGUCCGGAAACUCAACACUAUCAAACCAUACAAGAACCUGCCAAUCCCAACCAGCCUGCCAGCCGCCACUCUCACUUCUUCUUCAAGCCCUCACUGCCAUUCUAUCAUGCUCAGUAUCGCAAGUUCCCAACCAGACAACGAACCCUGUUCACCAUCAUCUCAAUCAUCCUCGCCGCCGCCGCCGUCUAUCUCUAUAACCUCUACACCCAUCGAGACCUCGUCGACCAACUAGCCCACUCCAUCGAGAACCUCUCAACCUGCGCAUCCUGUCAGGCACUCCUCAUCCCACUCAUCUCUAUCGCCCAUCUCGGCGACUCCAAACUAUUCUCGACCCCUCGUCAGCUUCUGCACCGGAUUAGGGAUCCAGGACCCUGAAGUCUGUCGCGGUGCACUCGGCGCUCAGGCCCCCAUCCUGGCUCACUCCCUCAGAUCCAUGUCCCUCGGUGGUCCGGCCUCCGUCCUCUUCUGCGCCAAGACUUUUGGUCUAUGUGACGACCCUCCCGUACGAGAGUGGAGCGAUAUGCCCCUGCCCCCACCCAGUCUAUCCCAUCUCCUCACCACCAAUCUCACCCUUCAGAAAGAACAGCCCAGUUUACGCUCCCCUCCGGCUCACCCUCGUCUGCCUCCUCGCUCACCAUCUCCAACAACAUCCUCCAAUACCAAACGAGAACCCUUACAAGUGAUCCACAUCAGUGAUUUACAUAUAGAUAGAGAAUACACCAUUGGAGCCGACGCGAAAUGCGCCCGAAAUUUAUGCUGUCGUCUAAAUCAACCUUCCGACUUGUUCAAUAAAACUCAAAUUCCCGCUGGGCCUUAUGGUCAUCAUAAUUGUGACUCACCCGAAUCCUUAUACAUAAGCAUGUUGAGAGCCUUACGGAAUCAUGCACCCAAUGCAAGUUUUGCCAUGCACACAGGAGAUAUGGUCGACCAUGCGGUAUGGACCUCGGUUCGGAAAGAAGUUGAAGACGGUAUUCAACAGGGCCAUUCUCAAUAUCAUACAUAUUCGGAUGUGCCACUAUAUGGGGUGAUUGGAAACCAUGACGUCGCGCCCACGAACUCCUUUCCCCGGAAUACAACAAUCACCACCCUCUCAUCGCAAUGGGAUAUCGAGCUGUUUUCAGAUACGUGGGCUAGAUGGAUCGGUAAUGAGGGUACUCAAGCACUUCAGGAAACGUCGGGAUGUUACAGUCGGGUGCAUCCCGGAACUAAUCUGAAGAUCAUCUCACUCAACACCGGCUUUUGGUACAAGGCAAACUUUUGGUUGUAUGAUUCCGAUGAUUUCCAGCCCGACCCCAAUGGGAUCCUAGCUUGGUUGAUUGGCGAACUGCAGGACGCUGAGAAUCGAGGACAGAAGGCCUGGAUCAUCGGACAUCUGUCACCCGGGAAGGCUGACUGUUUGCACGAGCCCAGCCGGUACAUCAACCAGAUCCUGAGGAGGUACAAGCACACGAUUGCAGCGAUGUUUUAUGGCCAUACCCAUCGAUCCGAAUGGGAAAUCGUGUACGAUGAUCCCCAGCAUCCCACGGCCGAGAACGCGGUUGGGAUCAUCUACAUCGGCCCGGCGGUGACGCCGGAGUCGGGCAACCCAGCCUUCCGCGUCUACGACGUCGACCCGGAGACCUACCAAGUCCUUGACUUCCACGAGAUCAUCGCCAACCUCUCCUCGCCCACUUUCCAGAUCCAUCCGGAAUGGUUCGAAUACUAUUCGGCCCGAGCGACUUAUGGGAAGAUGUUGGAGGAGAACGGCGUUGAGCGCUUCCUCGACCAACCGUCAAGCUCCCCCUUGGAUGGAUCCUUCUGGCAUAAGGUCACCGAGAUCCUCGAAGACUCUUACCCUGAAUUCGAGAAGUUCUUCCAUCGUCUGACUAGAGGUGCCGAGCAACCUUCGGAUUGGAAACCUUGCUAUUCCGGCGAAUGUCGCAAGAAAUGGGUCCACAACCUCCGCUCCUCUCAGAGCGAAUACAACGAGUAUCCCAACCAAGUCGGCCUGCAUAUCGAUACCAUUGACAAUGAUAACUCUUCAUUCCCUUCUUCUUCUCUGAACCACUCAUCUGAUCCUUCCCAUCGGUCGAAGAGGAAUCCGUUCAACCUUCUUCCUGAUGAGGAAGAUGGCGAACAUGUGUGUGGUGACUUGGCUAGCUUGUAUAGACACGCUAAGAACCAUCUUCCAGGCUUGAAAACUAAGAAACUAUUGGUUCCGGACAAACUCAAACAAGAAAUAAGGUCUAAUCUACGUCAACCUUAAUCGUCACUCUACUCAAUAUAUACAUACAUACUUGUACAAUUCAAAAGAACCAAUUCCCCCAACAAUUCACCUUCACUUCAACCUAUAUAAACCACCUUCCCUUUCCUUACCCCCUUUCCCUUACUAUUUAUGAUGUUCAAACAAAGAAAUAAGCUCAAGUGGUUGGUCUAAAAUAUCCUAAUCAUUCAUCCCUUCAUUCUUCCUCACUUUUCCCCUUCCCCAUAUACAAUAUAUAAACAAAUAUAGAUAUACAUUCUUUCUUUCUUUUUUUUCUUUUGAUAAAACUGAAUCAAUUCAUCAAAAGUUAGAUUUGUUGUUUAUUUAUUUGUUGUAUUUCCUUUGUCCUCCUUGUAAGUAAGGGACAGGGGGAGAAGUCAUGUACUUGAUGUUUUUUGUUGUUGUAGUAGUAGUAGAGCUAGUAGAUUGUCACUUCAAUAUGACUGCUUUCUUUCUUAUACAAGAUUUGGUAUCUUCUUGAUUCAAAGAGAUGCUACAUAUUUGACUUGAUUUAUUUUGUGUGUGUGUGUGUGUGGGUUGUGGGUGUGUCUUGGAAGUGGUGGUGGGCUGAUGGAUUAAUUUGAGAUGGUGGAGGU